GGAGAGACGAGAUUCGUUCACUCAAUCAACCAAAGGAUGCAAUUGUCGUUGCGAAGUGGUCUCGCACACGUCUGUCAGCACGCACACACAUGUAGGUAGGUGUGUUGUACACCACCCCAGGCCGACCUCCAUCUCACCCCACGCGUCAAGUGAUUUGUCCCUUCGGUCCUGUCAGUCGGUCAGCUAGCUAGACGAGUACUGAUCCAUCAGCCUGCCGAACGUCUUGUCGUCGAUGAAAUCAACGCGAUAAGGCACCACGCUGCUGUGCGGAUGCUCCUGAACCAAAAAAGGAAAGCGAGACGUCACUAUGGAUCGAUUGGAUCCACAAGGGUGAGUUACCUGUGCGAUUCGAUGUGCGACGUGCUGCGCGUCGGCGAGGGAGAGAAGGCGAACAAUGCCCUCACCCUGACGACGCACAUCAAUCACACAGCGACACUUGUGACGAAGGCAGUUGUGGGCAGACACAGACAGGGCAGAGACAGAGACAUCAUCCUCAUCCUGCUCGCCUUGCAUGUGUGUGUGAUUGGGUCGUAGAGCACCCCAAUCUUGUCAAAGCGCGAAAACGACCCCACCAGCUGGGAAAAACUCUGAAUGAGACAUACACACGAAUUCCACGACACAUUGAGCAGCCGGUGGGUGUGUCAAGAGAUUGCGUGCCUCUCGACUCACUCACGCUAAAGUUUGUGUCUCCUGCGAGGCCCCUGACGCGGACGUUCCGUGUGGGGUGGCCACCGCGCCUCGACACCUGUGGCGAGGAGGGCUGGGCGCUGGUGUUGGUCGCAUAGGAAGGGGAGGGCUGCUGGGCGUCUGUGGCAGCAGCAGCAGGUGCUGGGAAGGGGGAGGGGGAGGGGAGUGCAACCACUGCAUCAAUCAAUGGCAUCCCAGGCGGGCAGAGACAUGACAACCGGACGAGUUGGUAAGUUUCUCUCUGCGUGACCUUCAGAGUCCUCCGGGAUGGACGUGCGUGGCGACCCGCCCAGGCCCGACGAAGUCCUCCGCUGCAUGACCACGCCUCUCCUCCCACCGCCGCCAUGGCUGGCCGACAGCCCGCCCUCAGCCGCAGACCUCUCCUGCCCCUUGUCAUCCUCUCCCUCCCCCUCUGUCUUGUCGCCCCAUGCAUACUUGACGGUCCUGCCCUGCAGCCGCUCACUGAUGGCCUCCCUCUCCUCCUCCGUCAGCGGGGUGAAGUGGUCCCGCCGACCAUCAUGCGAACGAGGGCUGAAGUCCUUCUCCAAGGGCAGGGGCUCGUUGAACAGCGCACACGAGCCGAACCGUGGGCUGCGGUGUGACAGUGGGGCCGGAAGUGGUGUGUGGAGGAGGGGGUGCGAUGGGGGGUAGCGGGCAGAGAGGGAGCCGGGGCGACGCGUGUAGGGUGAAUUGGGACGCACCUCGGGGGAGAAAUUGAUGCUGCAAACAGAUUGGUUGAGACACGAACAGAUGAGCGGGCACUGAGUCUUUGGCAGAGCUCACUUGGAUCCGUCUGCCAGCCAUCGUCGGACCUGCAUGGGCAUCUCGGAGCACACAGACCUGCUGCCCUCCGCACCCACACCCACCCCUCCGCCCAGGAACUCCGACCGCGGCGUGUAGUUUGCGCUGCUCGCGGGUGAGAAGCGCAGCCUCAGAUCGCUGGCGUGUCCCGGGAGGGGGACGUCUCUCCUUGAGGAUGACGCCUGCGACAGGGGCGAGUUGAGGGCGGGGGCGUCGGUGUUGGUGUUGAGCGAGCGGAGCCUGUCGAGGGGCAGGCGAGGGAUGGAUGGCCGGGGGGCGUCGGGCCUGUCCGACGACGGUAAGGGCAUCGAAGGCCGCUGGCUCACCGGAGCAGACUGCCAGCAGAGGCAGGCACAAGGGAGACGCAUAGAUGUCGAUGGCAGGGCGAGACACGAGGUCAUCGAGGUCAUCUCACCGCGAGCAUGUCUGUGAUUUUCUUGAGGUACUCGUCCUUCUCUGCCUGCUGAACCACCAACAGCCGGUUCUCCUCCCGCAACUUGGCCAGCUCUGCAAUGUCCUCAGUUUUUGCUGGCUCUGCCGCUCUUCUCUCGACAAUGCGCCCAUGCACACGGGGUGACGACGGCUGGUGGUCGGCCGGAACACGGGAAGAAUCCUCAACCACUGCCGAGAAAGAAUGGCAGAAGUUGUCUCUCGAUGCUGUUCAAUGGCAGAGGGUGCGUCUAGCUUUCGCCGACCCGUUGAAUGUCCUCUUCUCGGCGAUGGUCGAGGGCUCAUGUCGUUGAUGCGCUCACCAAGCUCUUUCUUCUCCGCCUCCAGCCGCUUGACCUUCUUGCUGAGACUCUCAUUGACAGUCUCUGCAUAAUAGCAGACGACGAUACUCAUGGAAUGAGACAGACAUGGAGCGAUGGAGUGUACCUACCGAGUUCCGACUGCUUCUGCUGCGAGGCGUCGACGUAAGAGCUGAGAGUCUUGAGCAAGACCCGUAUGAGCAUCUUCUCCUCGCUCUCCCUGUCCGCCGCCCCCUUGCCUCGCGGCACCAUGGCCUUCAAUGCCAUCGUCAUGUGGUGCUCCCGCCGCCACAAGGAGGGCGUGUACCGCUUCCGCGUGAGCGCCCUGUCCCUCUUCUCCACUUCAGAGGCGCUCUUGGAUAUCUCCAGAGACUUGACCCACAUCUUGUGACCAUCCAUCAGGUCGGUGCGGUCUUUGGGCAGAGCUGGCGGGACCACCGGAUUGGAGAUGAGGGUUCUGCAGCGGAGAGAUGGCCACGAGUCGGCGCGCGAUAGCAUCUGCCCCUCUGUGUGGAUGAAAACGGCCAGGGGGAAAGUGUCUUCGGGCCGGUACGCGGUGAGUGUCGUCUGUGCGCCCCGGCGACAGCUGGCGGCCACGAUGGUCUGUGUGGGGGUGUCAUGGGUGCGGACGAUCUCGGUUGAACCCUCAGACUGCACUGCCUUGGCCACCAUGACCGCUUGUGCCAUCGUCCCUUGAUCGGCCACCUCCUUCUCCUUCGCCCCAUCAAUCGUCUCACAUGCCACCGAACGUGUCUCAAUCGUUCUUGCUGCGGGCGCUCGUGGCGCAUCAUGCUCAUCUCUCUCGUGCAGGGUAACGUCUUCAGGGGCCCUUUCAUGCGAUGGUCUUGACCGUGUGUCGCUCUCUUCAGUCCCCACGGCCUUGUCCUCCGUCCCAAUGGCCUCCUCAGCAGCCUGGUCUUCGGGCACCUGAUGUAGGCCUGCAGGAUUCCUUCCACCUCUCGCCUCGUCUCUCGCCAAGGACGACUGCGCUCGCCCCAGGGGCAAAGUGGGUGUGAGGGCAUCGCGGGGCGACCUUGGUGCCGACCUCUGAUGGGGAAGCUGACGAGUGUCCCAUUGCAGUCGAUGCGGCGCGCCGCCCGGCCGCCACAUGGUUCCAGAAGACGAUGGGUUCGGUCGGGUGACGACCUUGGGUGCUGCCGUCUUCGACAUAUCAUAUCGCUUUGCGUAGGAUGACGUGCCAGGCAUAGAACGAUCCCUUGUGGCGGCGGGCUGGGCCAGCCGCGACCCUCCUGCGGCAGUGGGCUUGGGUGCGGCCGACACCGUCCGCGGCGUGGCACGGGUGGGUGAGCGAGGGGACGGCAAAUGAGACGGCUGGGGUGCCGCGACAGCCGGCUUCCUCGUCUCGCCUGAGGUGCCUCGCUGUGGCUGUGCUGGGACUCGCCGUGUGAGGCGACUGGCAGCCGGCGGCUCGGCAUCAGCUUCCUUCCUCUUCGUAGGCGCAGGGCGUGAGCCUGCCGCCGGAAGGCCGUCUCGCUGCAGUGGUGCACGAGGCGUUCUCGGCGUCACAGUGAGGGAGGCAGACGUAGGGGGAAGGCCGCUGGCAGCGCUCUGGUGUGAUCUGCCGAUGGGGCCAAACCGUGGCGGACUUGCGUAGUGCAAACCAACGCGACUUGCACUGGUCAGCGGCCUCCGCGACCCCACGACGCUGGAAGGCGGCUGCCUGGUUCUCGGCGUCGUGGACUUCUCGUUCGGCCCCGUCUCCUGGACGUCCGCCGCAUCUUGGGUCGUCUGGCCUUGUGGCUGUGAGGGGGCUGGCAGGGAGAGGACGGGCACGCGAGGGCGCGUGGCGCUCAUUUCAGCUUAACCGGCCC